CACCGAUCCGUUCUCAAGCUACCCUUUAUCACUGGAGUUUCAUGCAGCAGUAAGAAGGGAAUUUCUGUUUCUAUUUGACAGUACUGACUGGCUUCCAGCCUGCAUACUAUCCACCUGGGAACCCCAAAGAGCUUGCUGUUGAGGGGCCCUAGCUAAACCGCAGCCAUGUCUUCGGAUGCUGAGAUGGCCGUCUUUGGGGUGGCAGCUCCUUUCCUCCGCAAGUCGGAGAAGGAGAGAAUUGAGUCGCAGAACAAGCCUUUUGAUGCCAAGACAUCGGUCUUUGUGGCGCAUCCCAAGGAAUCCUAUGUGAAAGGAAUACUCCAGAGUCGGGAAGGAGGGAAGGCCACAGUCAAGACGGAAAAAGGAGAAACGUUGACUGUUAAGGAAGAUCAAAUCUUCUCCAUGAACCCUCCCAAAUAUGACAAAAUUGAGGACAUGGCAAUGAUGACCCAUCUCCAUGAACCUGGUGUCCUGUAUAACCUCAAAGAGCGUUAUGCAGCCUGGAUGAUCUAUACCUACUCAGGCCUCUUCUGUGCCACUGUCAACCCCUACAAGUGGCUGCCAGUGUACAACCCAGAGGUAGUGAGUGCUUACAGAGGCAAGAAGCGCCAAGAGGCCCCUCCGCACAUCUUCUCCAUCUCUGACAACGCCUAUCAGUUCAUGUUAACGGAUCGGGAGAAUCAGUCGAUCCUAAUCACUGGAGAAUCCGGUGCUGGAAAGACUGUGAACACAAAGCGUGUCAUCCAGUACUUCGCAACAAUUGCAGUUUCUGGGGAGAAGAAGAAGGAAGAGCCAGGCAAAAUGCAUGGGACCCUUGAAGAUCAAAUCAUCAGCGCCAACCCUCUGCUGGAGGCCUUUGGUAAUGCCAAGACCGUGAGGAACGACAACUCCUCGCGCUUUGGUAAAUUCAUCAGAAUCCACUUUGGUACGACAGGGAAACUGGCUUCUGCUGACAUUGAAACAUAUCUGCUGGAGAAAUCCAGAGUCACUUUCCAGCUCAAGGCGGAGAGAAGCUACCACAUCUUUUAUCAGAUCAUGUCCAACAAGAAGCCAGAACUAAUUGAGAUGCUUCUGAUUACCACCAACCCCUAUGACUUCCCCUUCGUGAGUCAAGGUGAGAUCACUGUAGCCAGCAUCGAUGACCAGGAAGAGCUGAUGGCCACAGACAGCGCCAUUGACAUCCUGGGCUUCACUGCUGAGGAAAAAACAGCCAUUUACAAGCUGACUGGGGCAGUCAUGCACUAUGGGAACAUGAAGUUCAAGCAGAAGCAGCGAGAGGAGCAGGCGGAGCCAGAUGGCACAGAAGUGGCUGAUAAAGCUGCCUACUUGAUGGGUCUGAACUCAGCUGACCUGCUCAAAGCCUUGUGUUACCCCCGUGUCAAGGUUGGGAAUGAAUAUGUGACCAAAGGUCAAACAGUGCAGCAGGUGCACAAUUCGGUGGGUGCUCUGGCAAAGGCUGUCUAUGAGAAGAUGUUCCUGUGGAUGGUCGUUCGUAUCAACCAGCAGCUGGAUACCAAGCAGCCCAGACAGUACUUCAUUGGAGUGCUGGACAUUGCUGGCUUUGAGAUCUUUGAUUACAACAGCCUGGAGCAGCUGUGCAUCAACUUCACCAACGAGAAACUGCAACAGUUUUUCAACCACCACAUGUUCGUGCUGGAGCAGGAGGAGUACAAGAAGGAAGGGAUCGAAUGGGAAUUCAUUGACUUUGGGAUGGACCUGGCUGCCUGCAUUGAGCUCAUUGAGAAGCCAAUGGGUAUUUUCUCCAUCCUGGAGGAGGAGUGCAUGUUCCCCAAAGCAACUGAUGUUUCUUUCAAGAACAAGCUCUACGACCAGCAUCUUGGCAAGUCCAACAACUUUCAGAAGCCCAAGCCUGGAAAAGGAAAGGCUGAGGCCCACUUUGCCCUGGUGCACUACGCUGGCACUGUGGACUACAACAUCACCGGCUGGUUGGAGAAGAACAAGGACCCACUGAAUGAAACAGUCAUUGGGCUGUACCAGAAAUCGUCCCUAAAAACACUAGCUUUGCUCUUUGCCGCACUUGCUGGAGAUGCAGAGAGCGGUGGUGGCAAGAAGGGAGGCAAGAAGAAGGGUUCUUCUUUCCAGACCGUCUCUGCUCUGUUCAGGGAGAAUUUAAACAAGCUGAUGAGCAAUCUGAGAAGCACCCAUCCGCAUUUCGUGCGCUGCCUCAUUCCCAAUGAAACAAAGACACCAGGUGCCAUGGAACAUGAACUCGUACUUCACCAGCUCAGGUGUAACGGCGUGCUGGAAGGGAUCAGAAUUUGCAGGAAAGGAUUCCCCAGCAGAAUUGUUUAUGCAGAUUUUAAACAGAGAUACAGGGUUUUAAAUGCGAGUGCUAUUCCUGAAGGACAGUUCAUGGACAGCAAGAAGGCUUCUGAGAAACUACUUGGGUCCAUUGAUAUUGAUCAGACCCAGUAUAAAUUUGGUCACACCAAGGUGUUCUUCAAGGCAGGACUUCUGGGUCUUCUAGAGGAGAUGAGAGAUGAUAAACUGGCACAGCUGAUCACCCGCACACAAGCAAUGUGCCGUGGCUUCCUGAUGAGAGUGGAGUUCAAGAGAAUGAUGGAAAGGAGAGAGUCCAUCUUCUGUAUCCAGUACAAUGUUCGCUCAUUCAUGAAUGUCAAGCACUGGCCCUGGAUGAAGCUCUACUUCAAGAUCAAGCCCUUGCUGAAGAGUGCUGAAUCUGAGAAGGAGAUGGCCAACAUGAAGGAGGAGUUUGAGAAAACCAAGGAAGAGCUUGCUAAGUCUGAGGCCAAAAGGAAGGAACUGGAGGAAAAGAUGGUGAGCCUGCUACAGGAGAAAAACGACCUGCAGCUCCAAGUGCAGUCUGUGAGUAUCGCCAACCAAUUCAACCCUUAUUGCACACUGGAACAGUCCAAGCUGAAAGUUCCAAGUGCAACUUUCCCAGGAAGCAGCACAUUACCAGCACUGGGCAGGGGCACUGGAGCAAUUUGUGUAUGUGGGUGGGUGAGAGUGAAAAACCUCACUGAGGAGAUGGCAGUGCUGGACGAGACCAUCGCUAAACUAACCAAGGAGAAGAAAGCCCUCCAGGAGGCCCAUCAGCAGACCCUGGACGACCUGCAGGCAGAAGAGGACAAAGUGAACACACUGACCAAAGCGAAAACCAAGCUGGAGCAGCAAGUGGACGAUCUUGAAGGGUCACUGGAGCAAGAGAAGAAACUCCGCAUGGACCUUGAAAGAGCCAAGAGGAAACUUGAGGGAGAUUUGAAGCUGGCCCAGGAAUCCACAAUGGAUUUAGAAAAUGAUAAACAACAGCUGGAGGAAAAACUGAAGAAGAAAGACUUUGAAAUAAGUCAGUUCCAAAGCAAAAUUGAGGAUGAGCAAGUCCUAGGCAUCCAGCUCCAGAAGAAGAUCAAAGAAUUGCAGGCCCGUAUUGAGGAGCUGGAGGAGGAGAUAGAGGCUGAACGUGCCUCCCGGGCGAAAGCAGAGAAGCAGCGGUCGGAUCUCUCCAGGGAACUUGAGGAGAUCAGUGAGCGCCUGGAAGAAGCUGGUGGGGCCACAGCGGCUCAGAUUGAGAUGAACAAGAAGCGGGAGGCAGAAUUCCAGAAAAUGCGCCGAGACCUUGAAGAGGCCACUCUGCAGCAUGAAGCCACGGCUGCCACCUUCCGGAAGAAGCACGCGGACAGCACAGCAGAGCUGGGGGAGCAAAUCGACAACCUGCAACGUGUCAAGCAGAAGCUGGAGAAGGAGAAGAGUGAACUGAAGAUGGAGAUUGAUGACCUGGCCAGUAACAUGGAGACUGUCUCCAAAACCAAGGCAAACCUUGAGAAGAUGUGCCGCUCUCUGGAAGAUCAGCUGAGUGAGGUUAAGACAAAGGAAGAGGAGCACCAGCGUAUGAUCAAUGACCUGAGCACUCAAAGAGCUCGUCUACAGACAGAAUCAGGUGAAUUUGCACGUCAGGUAGAGGAGAAAGAUACAUUAGUUUCUCAGCUCUCAAGAGGCAAGCAGGCUUUCACGCAACAGGUUGAGGAACUGAAGAGGCAACUAGAAGAGGAGAUAAAGGCUAAGAACGCGUUGGCCCACGCCUUGCAGUCUGCUCGCCAUGACUGCGACUUGCUCCGGGAGCAAUAUGAGGAGGAGCAGGAAGCCAAGGGUGAGCUGCAACGCACCCUGUCCAAGGCCAACAGUGAAGUGGCCCAGUGGAGAACCAAAUACGAGACGGAUGCCAUUCAGCGCACAGAGGAACUGGAAGAGGCCAAGAAGAAGCUUGCCCAGCGACUGCAGGAUGCUGAGGAACACGUGGAAGCUGUCAAUUCCAAAUGUGCUUCCCUGGAAAAGACGAAGCAGAGGCUGCAGAACGAAGUGGAGGACCUGAUGAUUGACGUGGAAAGAUCUAAUGCUGCCUGCGCGGCUCUAGACAAGAAGCAGAAGAAUUUCGACAAGGUUCUGUCAGAAUGGAAGCAGAAAUAUGAGGAAACGCAGGCUGAACUGGAAGCUUCCCAGAAGGAGUCCCGCGCUCUCAGCACAGAGCUGUUUAAGAUGAAGAAUGCUUAUGAGGAAACCUUGGAUCACCUUGAAACUCUCAAGCGGGAGAACAAGAACCUGCAGCAGGAGAUUUCUGACCUCACGGAGCAGAUUGCAGAGGGGGGAAAGGCCCUCCAUGAGCUGGAGAAAGUGAAGAAGCAGAUUGAGCAAGAGAAAUCGGAAAUCCAGUCCGCUCUGGAGGAAGCUGAGGCUUCACUUGAACAUGAAGAGGGCAAAAUCCUCCGCAUCCAGCUUGAGCUGAACCAGGUGAAGUCUGAAGUGGACAGGAAGAUUGCAGAGAAAGAUGAGGAAAUUGAGCAGCUGAAGAGAAACCACAUCAGAGUGGUGGAGUCCAUGCAGAGCACCCUGGACGCAGAGAUCCGGAGCCGAAAUGAAGCCAUGAGGCUGAAGAAGAAGAUGGAGGGGGACCUGAAUGAAAUGGAGAUCCAGCUGAGCCAUGCCAAUCGCCUGGCUGCAGAUGCACAGAAGAAUUUGCGAAACACACAAGGCGUGCUUAAGGAUACCCAGUUACACCUGGAUGAUGCUCUCCGAAGCCAAGAGGACCUGAAGGAGCAGGUAGCCAUGGUGGAGCGCAGAGCUAACCUGAUGCAGGCUGAAAUCGAGGAGCUGAGGGCGGCUCUGGAGCAGACGGAGAGGGCCAGGAAAGUGGCUGAACAGGAACUUCUGGAUGCAAGUGAACGAGUGCAGCUCCUGCACACUCAGAACACCAGUCUGAUCAACACAAAGAAGAAGCUGGAAACUGACAUUUCCCAGCUCCAGAGUGAAAUGGAGGAGACAAUCCAGGAGGCACGCAAUGCAGAAGAGAAGGCCAAGAAAGCAAUCACUGAUGCAGCCAUGAUGGCGGAGGAGCUGAAGAAGGAGCAGGACACCAGCGCCCACCUGGAGAGGAUGAAGAAGAACCUGGACCAGACGGUGAAGGACCUGCAGCACCGGCUGGACGAGGCGGAGCAGCUGGCAUUGAAGGGUGGCAAGAAGCAAAUCCAGAAACUGGAGGCCAGAGUGCGUGAGCUGGAAGGUGAGGUUGACAAUGAGCAGAAACGCAGCGCUGAUGCUAUUAAGGGGGUUCGCAAGUAUGAGAGAAGAGUAAAGGAACUGACCUACCAGUCUGAGGAAGACCGGAAGAAUAUUCUCAGGCUGCAGGAUCUGGUCGAUAAACUACAACUGAAAGUGAAAGCUUACAAGAGACAAGCUGAGGAGUCUGAGGAACUAUCCAACGUCAACCUUACCAAGUUCCGCAAGAUCCAGCACGAGCUAGAAGAGGCUGAGGAGCGAGCUGACAUUGCGGAGUCCCAGGUCAACAAGCUGCGGGUGAAGAGCCGCGAGAUUCAUAAGAAAACGGAAGUAGAAGAGUGAGGAUUUCACCGUGCUGCAAAGUGACUGAAGACAUGAACAAAAUGUGAAACUCUCUGUCACUCUGCUUUGUAUUUAUUGUUUAUCUUGUCCCCAGUGUAUAGGAAAUAAAGAUUGCAUUGAGAGAACUGGAA